CUUGCUGAAAUUUGAAUUAAAAAUAAACAAUUUUGAAUAAAAAACGAUCUGUUUGGCUGAUAAAAUUUAAAUAAUUUCAAAAAAGAAAAGACAGUUUUUUCAGUGUAUAGGUCAUGCUUCGUCUUCGUGUUUUCGUUCUACCUCUAAUAAUUUCUAUGAACAGCAUUUUUGCCUGUUCAGAUGAGUUGUUAUGUGUGGUUCAGGUCUUUAGGCAUGGACAGAGAACACCAAUAAGUUUUUAUACAAACGAUCCUUAUGCGGAUCUAAAUAAAUAUUUCGAAGGACUAAAUUUGGGACAAUUGACUAAUGAAGGUAAACGGCAACAAUACGCCUUAGGAAAACUAACUAGGAAUAUGUACGCCGAUUUUCUGCCAGCUGCUUAUAACAAAUCUGAUUUCGUGGGCUAUUCAACGGAUAUCGAGAGAGCUGAAAUGUCUGCACUAGUCAAUGUAUUUGGAAUCUUUCCAACAUUUAAAGAACAACAGUGGAAAGUAGACUUAAUGUGGGAGCCCAUUCCCAUUGAUCACGCUUUACCAGAAGUAUUUAAGGAUAGUCCUUUUUGUUCAAACUACUGGAAAUUAUUAAUCCAACUAUUUCAAAGUAAAGAAAUAGUUGCUACUAAUAAGAAGUAUUCAAAUCUCUAUGAGUAUUUGAGUAAACAUACUGGUCAACAUGUAGCUACCUUAUUGGAUGCUCAUCAAAUUUAUGAUAUUUUGAAAAUAGAAGACAACAGGGGCCUCUCUCUUCCAUCUUGGACAUCUGAAGUUUACCCGUAUCCACUAAGGAACCUUUCUGGAAUAUAUUUUAAAAUUCUUUCGCAUACCACACAAAUGAAGAGGCUGUAUGCUGGAGUUUUCUUUCACGAAGUUCUAACUCAAUUUAAUCUCAUGACAAGUAACUCUGGAUUACCCCGUUACCAUAUGUACAGCGGUCACGAUAGUAAUAUAGCAUCAAUUCUUAACAGUUUUGAAGUUUUUGAACCACCGUAUCCUCCAGAAUUCGCGAGUUCUAUUUGGAUGGAACUACAUAGAAAAGAUGACAAACUUGUUGUGAAUGUUCAUAGCAAAGAUGGCGAAGAAACUAAGCAGAUUAGUAUAAGGGGAUGCGAUUUGGAUUGUCCAUUGGACGAGGUUGUCAAGCGUCUUAGAGAUGUUACACUAGAUAUACCUGCUUUGACAACAGAAUGCAAAGAAAUAGACGGUUUUUUGAAAAGUUGAAUAAUAUUAAGAAAACUAUUUUUAAACAUGUUUUUCUGUCGCACCGGACAUAUCCGUAUGUCCGUUUAGGAAAUAUUCAUUUUCGGAAGUAGGUGAAAUUUAAAAAUAUGUUUAAAAGUAAAUGGUAAAUCGAUUGUAUUUAAUAUUAUAUGGGUUCCCAUUUAAAUUUACCCCUUUUUUGUAAACCAUUUAUAUGCCAAUAAACACUCACGCUUCACCACCAGAAAAUUACAGAAAAUAUAUUGAAAUUAUACAUAGAAGCAAUUUUA